AUGGUUUUUGUGCAGCACAGAGCACAGGACCAGUUUGACAAUCUUGAGAGGUAUACAAGCUGGGGGAUUGACUUCCUGGAGCGCUACACAAAGUUUGUCAAGGAACGGGCCGACAUUGAACUCAGCUAUGCCAAACAGAUCAGGAACCUUUCUAAGAAGUACCAGCCUAAGAAGAGUUGUAAGGAGGAGGAGGAGAGCAGGUACUCAUGGUGUCGUGCGUUUAUGGCGACUCUGGGAGAGCUGAGCGACUACGCUGGCCAGAGGGAGGCGCUGGCGGACAACCUGCAGACACACAUAAUCAGCGAGCUCCUACGAUACACACAGGAUCUGAAGGCAGAGAGGAAGUCGCAUUUCCAAGAUGGCCGCCGGGCCCAGCAUCACAUUGAGGGUUCCUGGAAGCAGCUGGAGUCAACUAAACGGCGGUUCGAGCGAGAUUGUAAGGAGGCUGAACGAGCUCAACACAACUUUGACAGAAUUGACACUGACAACAGCAAGGCUGAUACAGAGAAGCACUGCUCCCUUAAGGCCCGUCAGACCGCCCAGCAGAAACAACAGGCUGCUGAAGACUCCAAGAGAGAAUACCUGUCCAGUUUAAACCAGUUUAACCAGGACCAGCACCAACACUACCACACACUGGUACCAGUGAUAUACCAGCGUAUUCAGGAUAUGGAGGAGAGGAGGAUAGAGAGACUCGGAGAAGCUAUGCGUUUGCUGGCAGAGGUGGAGAGGAAAGUUCUUCCAGUUGUGAGCCGAUGUCUGGAUGGCAUGAUGGAUGCUGCCGACAGUAUCCAGUCUAGAAUGGAUACACGGCAGGUGGUGGACGUUUAUAAAUCCGGCUUUGAGCCCCCAGGUGACAUUGAGUUUGAGGAUUUCAGUGCCACCAUGAGACGCAGCAUUUCUGAGUCCAGUUAUCUGGACAACCGAGCUGAAGGACGAAGAUACUGUAGAAGAACCAGCCGAGGGAAACUAUGGCCUUUCACUCGCAAGAACAGGCUGAUGACCCUACUCCCCUCACCCCAUCAGCCCCCCCCUCCCCCACCAACCUCCCCCUCCCCAGGGGGUGUGGCCAGUAGUACGCAGUCUGCACCUCCUCCUACGAGAGAGCCAAUCACACAGCGGCUUAACAAUCUCAUGACCUCUGGCUCCAAAACCAGGAAGCAGUGUCUGCGCAGCCUUAAGAGAGGGCUGUCACUCAAACUGGGCUCUGUUCCAGAGGACUGCAGUCAUCUUCCUCCAGAACAGAGAAGGAAAAAACUUCUGAACAGAAUCGGCAAAAUAAACACAGAGAUCCAGAAAGAAAGACAACAGAGAGAUGCUCUUACUAAAAUGAGGGAGGUGUAUGAGAGGAGUCCUGAGAUGGGAGAUGCCAGAAGCCUUGAGCCUCGGAUGGAGGAAGUUUCACAGAGCUUAGAGAGACUUGAAGAAGAGCUUCACCGACACCAAGGUUGGCUAGCAGAGAUGGAGAACAGGGUAGAAGAGUCCAGUGGCAGACGACAGAGUGGUGGAUGUGGGUUUGAUUCCCAGGACACAACACCAGGCAGCAGCAGCCUGAGCCAACUGGACAACUUAAACCACCAGGGGCCAGCCAGCAGAGAAAGCCCUGAUGGCAGCUAUACAGAAGACAACAGUGCAGAGCUGAAUGUAAAAUCUCGCAGUUCAGAGUUUGAUGAUGACUUCGAUGAUGAGGAGCCAUUGCCCAGCAUCGGCACCUGCAAGUCCCUCUACCCAUUCUUAGGUCAGAAUGAAGGCACCAUUUCAAUGGUGGAGGGGGAACUACUUUCUGUUGUGGAGGAAGACAAAGGAGACGGCUGGACCAGAGUACGACGGAACCAGGAAGAGGAGGGAUACGUCCCCACUUCCUACAUUAAAGUCUUCCUGGACAAUAACACCAAAGGUGCUAUGACCUACAUAUGA